AUGGGAAUAACCAUUCAAAACAUCACAGGAAACACAGCAAUGGUAAUUUGGCCAAAAAUGGCCAGUUGUGUCGACAGCUUUUACAGCAUCAUGUACCACCCUAACUGGAACAGCAUGCUGUCCAGCUACUCCAGAAAGAGCUUUCAGAGGGAAGAGAGGGUGCCCACCACUCGCUCCUCCUUUGUUGUUGAAAACCUGACCCCCCUCACAACAUACAUCAUGUGUGUGACCUGCCAGUCCGCAAAUCCCUCCAGCGACCAGUGCAGAGUGUUCAACACACUGGAACGAGACCCAGCAUCGGCGAGCAACACCAAGAAAGAGCUGGCACUGGGCAUCUGGCUCACCAGCAGCGUGCUGCUGCUCAUCAUCGCCGCAGUCCUGCUCUACGGCUGCCUGCACCUGCUGUGCCGCAGGAGACACGAGCGCUUGCAAGAGCGCAACAGGACCUCCAAACAAGAGCGUGAGGAGCCAUGGACCAAAAGCGUGGCACACACCUCAGAGGAGUUCAGCAGGCAGAGCCAGCAGACACAGGACACUGAGGAAAAGCAUUCACACAGCAUCCAGCUGGCCACAAUCAUAGAGAAUCCCUCAGUGUGCAACGAGCCCAUCAUGCCAUCUUCUAAAAGUCAGGAGCGAGUCCCAGUAACAGGACAGUGCUCUGCUAUAAAUUAG